CCGAUUCAAGAUGGAGAAAUGGAUACCAGCCCAGUCUCCUGCUCGACCACAAACCCCAUCUAAAGCGUCCACCUCCUUCACCAGGUGACCCUUGCCUACUCCUCCCAAGGAUGGGUUGCAUGACAAGGCACCUGGCGAAAUCAGCGUCUUAGCUCCCACCCUUGAGGCCGCCGCUGCUGCCUCGGUCCCUGCGUGACCCCCACCCACCACAAUGACAUCAUAGCGCUGUCUGGCAAGGUGACUGGUAUGCCUGGAGACCAGUGCCAGGAAACUCUCCAAAGGAGGAACCUUCUUUGUCAACAUGGAUAACUCUGACCUGUGGGGAAAAACAAGGUUAAGUAACUGACUGACAUUUUAUGGACUAGUUAUAAUUGUUCUCUCCUAUACAAAACACUUUUACGGGGUAACGUGGUAAUGCUACAGUUGGACUUUGCAUAAUGGCAGAAACAUCGCCAUAAUGUAUUUUGUCUACAUAAUCAGUAAAUACCAAAUUGGCUUUGCUGUAUACAAAGUUGCAAUAAACGACAUUGAAAAUGUACAGAAAACACAAGCGAAAUACAGUGAUUCUCACAUCACGAGAACCUUUAUAGUAACUCAGAUAAAUACAGGGUCAGGCAAAAUGAUCUGACACAUCUGUAGGUUAAAUAAAAGGCAAAUAAAGUAAAGAAACAAGAAAGUGUUUUUAUUUUCAAAAAGUACAUAUAAUGCCAUUCUAUUUCAUUAUGUUUUAAAAAUUAAAUCAGUCAAAUGGGAUCCAUUAUUGUCCACACACUCAGUGCAGAUCCAGUAGCUCUGAAGUUGGUAACCCAUAACAAGAUCGUGUUUCGAGCUGGUACGGGAUCAUGUCUACCAAGAUUGAAGUGCAAACGGAACGCUCGUUGUGUUGCAGUUACAGAUUCGUUUGUUUUGAUAAACGUUUCCACAAUGAAAGCGCGAUGCGCACCAUUCCAAUUCAUGGCAGCAACUGAAAAAGAAACGAAAAACAAUGGCAUUAUAUGUACUUUUCGAAAAUAAAAACACUUUGUUUCUUUAUUUUAUUUACCUUUUAUUUAACCUACAAAUGUGUCAGAUCAUUUUGCCUGACCCUGUAUAAUAACAGCAAUGAAGCAAAAUACCAGUUACAGAUACCCUUCACCUCUCUACUCUACAGACUGUAUUGUAAGAAUACGAUUAUCACAACACACAAAAAGUACUACAUUAAACUCUUAAGCAAAAUACACAAAAGUUUUAGGUGUUAAAAAAGAGCAAGUAAACGUGUAACAUUACGAAACCUAUUAGCUUCAGACGGAACACUUCAUGGAGGCGGCCAUGUUGCUGGAAACCGUAAUACCUGGACUAUAGACGCCACGACAAUUUUGCUUGCGCAUUUAAAUCUGUUUUUUGUCAAAUGGCCAUUGAGAAAAAGAUUCAAGAUUCAAGAUUCAAGAGAGUUUUAUUGUCAUGUGCAUGGUAAAACAGCAGUUAUACCAUGCAAUGAAAAUCUUAUUCUGUUCAUUCUCCCAAGGAAAAGAAAGAAAAACACAAGAAGUGGAAACUGGCGACUUAUCUUUAUUUAUUUGAGUUUGUAGGCAGUACUGAUACACCUAGAUUAUUAUUUAAUGGUUUAUUAUUUGUCUUGUGCACUAGCUUUAUUGGUUGGUUGUAUACAAGUGGCAUUACGUAAUAAUAUACAUAUGUUUAUCGAAUAAAGCUAUGUGGUUGUGAAACUUUAAAAGGAACAACCGUGUGAUGUCUGCCACAUGUUAAGUGGAAACACUCUGUUGAUUUUCUAGUGGUAAUUUGUCGAAACAUGCUUUGUUGAUUUUCUAGUGGCAGAAAAUGGCAAAAAUAUAUAAACAAUUCCAAUGCCAGCAACGUAUGUCUUCGUGCUCGCGCGCGCACCAGUAGGUCAAAGAUGUACGCGCACGUUUAAGCCCCCUCCCCCUUCUGACCGGUUUCCAGUCAGUCGCGCGCGGAUUGAGUCAAGUGAACCUACCGUGAGGUGGUGUUUGACCGUCCGCUGCAGGUUUUUACCUCAUGAAACCUGAGUUGUUCCUUUCGGAAAACUGACAGUAACGUUAAGAUCUUUAAUCUUUUUUAUCGGAAUCUUCACCGGUGCCAGAGGUGAGGGUGGGGCGGUAGAAAGUUAUAACGCAAAAGUGAAAGCGCCUGGACUGAAGCUUGAGGAUCAAAGCUAAUGCUAAGAUAGCUAGCCGUUGCUAAAUAAUUACACGAAAACUCGUGUCAUUUUAUCCGUCGUUUGCUUUGUCAUAACCGCUGAUAUCACAACGUAGGCAUUUGGGGGUUAUUUUGAGGGUGUAUGCCACAUUCGAUUGAAUUAAUAGGUUUAUUUGCCCAUAAAUCUUAGGCCACAAGCGAUUUAGCAAGAUUAGCUACAAUAGCCGGUAUUGCUGAGGUGACACCGGCAUCUUUUGCUAAAGAUAGCGUUCUCACCAAGUUACUUCACUUCGGAUUGUGUUAGUGUUUUAUUACUUCGGAUACUUUUGGUACUGUCCAAGCUGCGUGCUUCGCCAUGCUGAAACAACAGCAGUCCAACUCCGGCGGGAGAAAGGCGUCUAAUGGUACAACGGGCCCCGCCGGUAUGUCCUCUCCAGUCAGCGGCGGCAGCAACGGCAACAGGACGCCGGCCGGGAGGAAUCGACCUUCUGCAAAACCAUCAUUCCAGUCUUCUCCUGUUUUUGAAGGGGUUUACAACAAUGCUAGAAUGCUUCAUUUCCUCACAGCUGUUGUGGGAUCCACUUGUGAUAUAAGAGUGAAGAAUGGAAGUGUCUUUGAAGGUAUAUUCAAGACGCUUAGUUCUCGGUGUGAAUUGGCAGUGGACGCUGUGCACAAACGCAGUGAGAAUGAUGGCUCAGCUCCACCACGUAGGGAAGACAUAACCGACACCAUGAUCUUCAGCCCUUCAGACCUGGUUACUAUGAUAUGCAGAGAUGUAGACCUAAACUAUGCCACUAGAGAUACCUUCACCGACACAGCCAUCAGCUCCACACGCGUCAACGGAGAACACAAAGAGAAGGUUUUGCAGAGAUGGGAGGGUGGAGACAGCAAUGGCGAGAGUUAUAAUUUGGAUGCUGACACAUCAAAUGGCUGGGAUGCCAACGAGAUGUUCCGUUACAAUGAAGUUAAAUACGGAGUCACGUCAACCUAUGAUUCCAGCCUUUCCAUGUAUACUGUGCCACUGGAGAGAGGCAACUCUGAGGUGUACCGUCAGCGAGAGGCUCGUGCUGCUCGCCUCGCCAGCGAAAUCGAGUCCAGCCCUCAGUAUCGCCAUCGAGCCAGCCUGGAAAACGAUGAGGGCAAAAGCGAAGAGGACAAGUACAGCGCUGUGGUGCGUGACGGGCCCGAUCGGGAGAGGGGCCGUGAGAGCCCCCGUGAACGUGAAAGGGGCAGAGACAGCCCCGGAGCCAGGGAGGCCAAGUACAUUCCUCUACCUCAGCGUCAAAGAGAGAUGAACCGAGAGCGGGAGCGAGCUGAGAGAGGCCCCGGUGGUCCUCAGCCUCACAGCCGUCUUAGUGGAGGUUAUCGCUCCACUCCUCCAUCUUCCUCGUCCCCCAGACCACCACUGCCCUCUGUAGGCGGUCCCCAAUCUAAUGUCUCCCCCUCGGAGAGGAGCAGCCCUCUGUCGGGCCGAAGCGGAGCCUAUGCACCUCACCACCCCCAGGGAAGCCCCAGCCCGGGCCCCAGUUCUGGACCAGCCAGUCCGUACACACCUGUCUCUCCAGGGAUGGCACCCAACUCUACAGCCUCCCUCUCUGCUGCCCCAUCCCCGACCAGCCCUCCUGCCCCCCAUGGACACUCAGUCCCACAUUCCCACUCAUUGCCACACUCCCUGUCAGAGGCUAGUAGACCUGUCAAUGGAGUGUCUGCCAGGACUUCUCCCAAAGCUCAAAGACCUCCGCAGUCUAGCAGAACAGUCCGUACGCCAAACUCACACGCCCAGUCCACUGCCACUCGAUCGCCUAAAUCAGGUUCCUCCCAGGACACGCCUUAUUUGGACACAUCGUCCGUCUCCUUGCCUGCCCAGAAGACAUCAGGCCCCGCCCCCCUCUUCCCUGUGGAUGUGAAUGAAAUCCUUUGCGCUGCCGCCAAAGAGCGCUCAGCCGAGAGCCCCAGCAGCAUGGAGGAAAGCAAGAGCAGUAAAGCUCCUUCAGUUCAACAGAGGUCACAAAUUGAAGAGCUACGGAAAUUUGGCAAGGAGUUCAGGCUCCAGCCUAGUGGAGGCAGCUCCAGCUCUCCGACCUCCCCCGCAACGGCGAUACCCCCUGCUCUCAGCGAGAUUGCGCAGGCCAGUGCUGCCAAACCUUCGGAUUCUCACGCCACGUCUGAACCCAAAGCGCAGCCUCCCGCCCACAGCCCCUCACAGCCUUCACCGCUUGCAACGGAUGAACCCUCCAAGGACACCGCUACACCGGGUGCCCCCAACACCACAGGAACCAUUUCAGACAGACAGUCACCAGUUGUCCCUCAGCCAGCUAGAACCCCGGGAAGUGAGGAGGGUAGGACUGACGCGGCGGAGCGCACGGAGGGUGUGGCAGACCAAGUGAAGAAAUCCACUUUAAACCCCAACGCUAAAGAAUUCAACCCAAACAAACCUCAGAUGCCGAUGACAAAACCCAACACUGCACCCACCCCACCCAGACCCACCCCUCCGAGCCCUGUGGUCCUCCAGCACCCAGGCGGUCAGGGUCCACUCUACAACGCCCCCUACCUGUCUUAUGUGUCUCAGAUCCACUCUGUCCAGACCCCACAAAUAUACCAAUACACUAUGUCUGCAGUGGGCCAGGGAAAGUACCCUAGGACCAAAGGUAACACACAAUAUUUUGUAUUGAUGCCCUCAUCUUCAAGGUUGCCACAUUUUUUCUUAGGCUCUGUGGUGGCACCGCGUUCUGACCACGGCGCAUCGGCACCCCCCAUGCUUCAAGCGGCAGCCUCGGCAGCUGGUGCCCCCCUAGUUGCAUCACCAUACCCUCAGUCGUACCUCCAGUACAACCCACAGCAGUAUGGCCAGCAGCAGGUCAUCCAGGCCAUGACACCUUACCCUGGACAGAUACCCAUGUACUCCAUGCUGCAAGGUGGAGCUAGGAUGAUAGGUCAAGGCGGGGGUCCACACCCACAAGCUCUUGGACCUCCAGGAGGCCCACAGUUUCCUCCUCAGGGAGAUGGACCCCAGGGACCACAGCAGGGCAUCUAUGCGCCACAGUCCUUCUCCCACCACUCCGGGGCAGUACAUCAACCCCAACCAUCCAGUACCCCAACAGGCAACCAGCCCCCACCCCAGCAUGCUGCACCCAGCCCUGGACAGAACACCCAAUCAGGCCCACAGCCCCAGUCCUUGUACCACUCAGGUCCACUGUCAGCACCCACUCCUCCUAACAUGCCACCAGGCCACACGUCACCACAGGGCUCCUACCCCAUUCAAGGAUACAGCAUCCACGGCCACCAGGGCAUCCCCCCCACAUACCCCUUGGGUCAGCUAGCACAGGCCCAUGUACAAGGAGCCAUGUCAGGUCCCCACCAUUCAGGGAGCCACGGUCAACCCCAGUUAGUGAUGCUCCAGCCUCCCCCUCAGCAGGGGCCUGGCUCAGUGCCCCAACACCCGCAGCAUGGCCCACAGCAAGGAACACACCAACACUUUUACAUAGGACAUCCGCCAGCAAUGCAGGUCCAGACACACCCCGCCACCUUCCAUCCACCUGGAAACUAGGCUUCUCCAUUCCCAUCCUCCUAAAGAUGUUCCCAGAAAUGAGCGCAGACAUCCCCACUGAAGUGACUGAACAUAAAAAACAAGACUGACAGAAAAGUGCAGCGGGGAGAGGACAAAGACUCAUAGCACCUUUAUCUUCUUCUGCUGUUCAUUGGCCCCUGAAGCAGAGGACCUUUUUUUAAGACAAGCAGAUGAAGAUGGCAGAACAACAAUCCUUCUCUUCUCUUCAACUUCUUCCUUUUCUCAGAGGCACGGGGCACCUUGCCAGCUUGGACCAGUCGAGGACAAAUCAGCAAAGUGCUUGAAGAGGUUUGUUGACAGCGAGAAGCAGGACAUGACAGGACGUAUUUGAAGAGGAGAGGGUGGGGUUUUUAACAAUUUCUUUUAACUCGCCCCAGUAGUUCAAAGUCACUCUUCUCUUUAGUCAAAUAAAAUAAAAAAUGGACAAGACAAAAAAAAUAAUUAAAAACAUAAUGACCAAAAAAUAAAGUUUUCAACUUAACUACA